GUGACGUCACGCCCCGCCCGCAGCCAUGCGUACUCUGCUUGUUAUCGGGUCGCUUGUUAUGACUGGAGAAGGCCUCGGACUCAAUUAAAACUUAUCCCCGGGACAGCCGCAUGCUCAUGGAGGGCAUGGACAUAGACCUGGAUCCGGAGCUCAUGCAAAAAUUCAGCUGCAUGGGCACCACGGAUAAAGAUGUCCUCAUCUCGGAGUUUCAGAGGCUGCUGGGUUUUCAGCUCAACCCGGCUGGCUGCGCCUUCUUCCUGGACAUGACCAACUGGAACCUUCAAGCAGCUAUUGGUGCAUAUUAUGACUUUGAGAGCCCAAAUAUCAACACGCCGUCAAUGUCUUUUGUGGAUGAUGUGACGAUUGGAGAGGGGGAAUCCGUUCCUCCUGACACACAGUUCACAAAGACAUGGAGGAUACAGAAUACGGGUACAGAGUCGUGGCCCCCGGGUGUGUGUCUGAAGUAUGUUGGUGGGGAUCAGUUUGGUCAUGUGAACAUGGUGAUGGUGCGGUCUCUGGACCCGCAGGAGAUCUCAGACGUGAGUGUGCAGAUGCGCAGUCCAGCCGUUCCUGGCAUGUACCAAGGCCAGUGGAGAAUGUGCACGGCCACUGGACUAUUCUAUGGAGAUGUGAUCUGGGUGAUUUUGAGUGUGGAAGAGGGAGGCCUGCUGGGCGUCACACAGCAGUUAUCCUCCUUCGAGACGGAGUUCAACACGCAGCCACACCGCAGUGUGGAGGGAGGCUUCAACCCUUUCGCCUCACCACAGAAGAACAAGCAGGACACCAAUGAGGAUAAUCUAAAUGACCCCGGGGGCCCCUGGGAGGCCCCACUGGACUCCAUUCAGCAAGAUCAAAACGGACUCAAUCACAGCUCUGUAAAUAUUACACCAAAUGGUCUCCAAAACAACUUAUCAGUAGUGACUUACAGCCAGGGCAUUAAUGGACCCUUCCCAUUUGGACAGUCUUAAGAUACAGAAAGCAUCCGGGAGCUCAUCGGAGCCACUGCUUUUGCCCUUUUCAGGGGAUCAGAGAGAGGAGGAACAGAUUUACUCUAAAGACUUGGUGACCCUCCCUCUCCCCUGAUGCAUCACAACAUCACAUAAAUGUGUGGACAAAUCUGUUUGGCUCCAAAUCAAUAUUGAAGCAACACCUGAGUUACGCAUGUGUGAAUGCUAGAUUUAGAUGCGUGCUAGAAAUUCUAAAGAGAUAUAAUGGAAAAUACACCAUUUUUCUGAUCUGUAUUGUCACAUUACAGCGGUAAAUUCAGAAGUGUGAGUGCACGAAUGCGUAAGAGAAACAGCGGCAGGGCGGUUGGAUGAAUGAAUGAGUGAAUCGAAGUCCUUUCACCCCAAUUUCAAUAGAAAAGCAUACGAUUUAUAUUUUGCUUAAAGAAAAUAAAGCCUGCUUUUAGGAUGUGUAUGAUAUGUCAAUUCUGCACAUUUUCCACCAAAUUCCCAUUACUGCAAUAAAUACGGACAAUUAUAUUUCAGAUCUUUUUUUUGUUUUGUAAUUCCCAUUGUUCUCGCCUUUAAAUGAUUGUAUUAAAAUAUUGCACUGUUUCGUUUUUUUUAAAUAGCCUGAUUUGAAAUACAACCAAUUCAUGUACAACAAUGUAUAUUUAUACCAUUUUUUGCAAUUUAAAUAAAUUAAUUACCAUGAAAAUUAUGUUACAAUGAAGGAAAUCUUAAUGGUGCUAAAAACAGGGCUUUGUUUUGUUCUUUAAGCAAAGUAUAAUUCUCAUUUAUUCCUCUGAUUUUGGUUUGUGAGAGUCAUCUGAAUAUGUGUGCGACAGCCAUGCACAAAAGCCAUCAACAAAUGAAUGAAGAAUUAAUGGCUCUCAAGUAGUUUCUCAUUUUUCAUCAAUGUUCUUUUAUUUUACAAACUGGACAGUUUCAAGUACAAAAGAAAAAAGGUCAAUGUGCCUACUUGGAGGUUAAAUUGUGUAAUUGGUAGAAGAACAAAAGUUUCAUAUGGUCCUUUGCCAGCCACUUGUAAUUGUUUGUUUAGUACAAAAUUGCAUUUAAAACCUGCUCUGGAUUCACUAAAAAACCCAGCAAACCUGUACAGCCGUACAUGAGCACAUUAUGUCUCAUUAUAUUGAAGUAUACAUCUGUACUGCCACUAUACAGGUCACGUCAUAGCUGUUGUCAGAGAUGCCCUUAGUAACUAUCUUGUUGCUGUUAUCAUAUUUGUUUACAUUGAUGUUUUUCUGGAGUUAUAGAGUGCUGAUGUUGGUUUCCACUCACAAUGACACAAUCCAUCAGAGAUGAUCGUAAGCGCAGAUGUGACUUUGGUUCCCUUGUUUACUGACCUAAGAGUUCACAAGCACAUCAUUGAUUUAUUUUCCCAAUCCUACGUUUCUGCCGUUCACCUAGACCUGCGAUGGUAUUAAGCUUUUUUUAAAUGAGCUGAGGGUGUUUUAAUGAGGGAAAGUGUGAGUGAGUUCAUUUUAAAGGAAUAUUCUGGGUUAAAUGCAAGAUUUGUACCUCUCUGAACUGAAAAUGCUUUGACAUUUAUUCAAUUGUCUACGUGGCAAGUGCACUACUUCCAUUGUAAGGGCAUUUCCCUAUACACAUUUUUUUUUCCUUCGAUUUUACAAAUUACCAUUUUUUUUUUUCUGUGCAUUUAACCAAAAAUAUUCUCUUAAAUUGUAUUCUCUUGAGUGUUGCUAAAUGUUGAAAUGGUAAAUUGUGAGCUGGAAAGUUCCAAAUAAUAUUUUAAUGCAUAAAGAAUUUUUGUGGAGUUUAUUUGGUUUGAAUCGUGCCUCUGUGUUUGGUAUGAUGGAAAGCUUCUUGGAUGUUUUAUAUCUUGCUUAAUAUAUCUGAAAGGCCGUUUUACUCACCAUUUUCUGUUUUGCUGCGAUGGCUAGGCAAUCUAUAAAACGUGAAACGUUAA